AUGCCAGUCUCAGCAGCUUCUGCGGAGAAGCCAUCCUGCACGCCCGUACACGCCCGUACAAUGGGCCUGCGGACUGUCUUUACCGAUCACUCCCUCUUUGGUUUCGCCGAUGCUGCCUCAAUCUUGACAAAUAAACUUCUCAAAUUUACCUUGAGUGAUGUCGACCAUGCGAUUUGUGUCAGCCAUACCUGCAAGGAGAACACCGUUCUUCGAGCAUCCUUGGACCCUCUGAUGGUCUCGGUAAUCCCGAACGCGGUUGUGGCUGAGAAUUUUCGCCCACUGUCAUACAACUCCCGAACGGCAGAUCAGGGUUCCAUGUCCCCCGUAGAUCAACGACCUCAACCCACACCCAUCGGCCCCAAUGAUACGAUCACCAUUGUUGUCAUUUCUCGUCUCUUCUAUAACAAGGGUACCGACUUGCUGAUUGCGGCGAUUCCUCGGAUAUUGGCACUGAACCCCAAUACGCGCUUUAUCAUUGCCGGGUCCGGCCCCAAAGCCAUCGACUUGGAACAGAUGCUGGAGCGUAACGUCUUGCAGGAUAAGGUUGAAAUGCUGGGCUCGGUUCGACACGAGGAGGUUCGAGAUGUCAUGGUGCGGGGACAUAUUUACCUGCAUCCUAGUUUGACGGAGGCGUUCGGCACGGUCAUCGUGGAAGCUGCCAGUUGCGGUCUGUACGUGGUUUGUACGCGGGUCGGGGGCAUUCCCGAAGUGUUACCGCAGCACAUGACAACAUUUGCCAAGCCAGAGGAGGACGAUCUCGUGGUGGCCACGAGUAAGGCGAUUGCUGCUUUGCGCUCCAACAAAGUCCGAACGGACCGCUUUCACGAUCAGGUGAAGAUGAUGUACUCGUGGCGAGAUGUUGCCGAACGUACGGAGAGGGUUUAUCGAGGCAUCACGGGAGACAUCAGCCCGGAAGAGUUUUAUGGCUAUUACCCCGGUCAGGGGUGGGAAGUCAGUGGAGAUCGCGUACGCAGCUUUGCGCUCAUCGAUCGACUCAAACGAUACUACGGCUGUGGAGUUUGGGCUGGCAAGCUCUUCUGCUUCUGCGUGGUCAUUGACUUUCUCAUCUACGUUUUUCUUGAGAUGUGGUUCCCGCGUGCCAACAUCGACAUCGCUCGCAGCUGGCCGAAGAAGCCUCCAGCAGACAAGGCCCCCUUGUCAACCACUGCCUCUAGCAAUCGCGGGUGA